GCAAAAGUGAAGAUGAGGACAGCAUCUGCAAACUGGGCCAAGCCUCGGGGAAGGGUGCCGAGGACGGGAAGGAUCACAAGCGGCCCAAGAGACCCCGGACAAUCCUGACCACGCAGCAGCGGAGAGCAUUCAAGGCAUCAUUUGAGGUCUCCUCCAAGCCCUGCAGGAAGGUGCGGGAGACGCUGGCGGCCGAGACGGGGCUGAGCGUUCGCGUGGUGCAGGUCUGGUUCCAGAACCAGCGAGCAAAGAUGAAGAAGCUCGCCAGGAGGCAGCAGCAGCAGCAGCAAGAUCAGCAGAACACACAGCGCCUGAGCUCAGCCCAGACGAACGGUGGUGGCAGCGCGGGGCUGGAGGGGCGGCUGACACGUGCCGAGCCCCUCUUCCAUGACUUGGAUAGCGAUGAUACCUCACUGAGCAACCUGGGUGACUGCUUCCUCGCCACGGCGGACGCAGGGCCACUCCAGGCACGAGUGGGGAACCCCAUCGACCACCUGUACUCCAUGCAGAACUCCUACUUCACCUCCUGA